UUUAAGUGAAUAUAAGAGAGAACAGGCAGAACAAAGCAGAUUAAUGAUCAAAUAAAGCAAACCAUGUAAACUAAGCUUAAUACACUUAAGAACCAGGUUACAAAAUGAAAAUUCUCACCCUGAAUGUUAUUUUAGGUGGGUUGCAAAGUUUCUGUGGUUCAGCGUUCCAGUUCUAUUCCUUUUCAGACCCCUGUCUCAGUCUGGACUCCCCCCGCCUUCCCUUCAGGUGGCUUUUGCAGUCUUUUUUCUUGGGCAGACAGGCUAUGGAGAAGAGGUCUCCCGUUUGCCUUCCUCCCCAUGCUUAAAUAGGAUUUGCACAAGGCAGGAAUCCUUUGUUUCCCAAACUCCCAGCUCCCUUCCAGUGGAAAGUUACAAGAAGUGCCAGGUAACAAGACCUCCUGACUCUGCAGGAUCACAGAGUCCAUGAGUCAGUGGCAGUAGGGUGCCCUCAGGAAGGCCAAGUCUUUUCACAGUCCAUUGCCCUCGCUGAUGGGCCAUCCGCCCCAUCUCGCUUUUCCAUUGUUGAACCUGAAGUGUGAGCAGUGGGCAUCAGCCAAAGUAGCAUAGUUGAAAUACAGAUUGAUAUUCCUAACUUCAGAUACAGAAAUGAAAUAGGCACACACAUGGAUAAUCCCAUUCAGUAAAUCAGAACCUUCCCAAUGAUCUCUCACGUGAGCCAUCUGGCAUAAAGUAUCUCUCAGUUCUGUCAUAUUCAUAUUGUAAGCAUAUUUUCAGAAAGAAUAUGGAGUGAAACAUCCGGUCACCCUAAUCCCGGGUUGCCUGGAAAUGGCCAAGGUGCCCCUAGAGAAGAGGAACCUUUUCAGGGUGCUCGCAGCAAAGCGCCAGGGGGGCUCAGCCCAGCGUCGCUGCCCCUGGCCCUCUCCGGCGAAGAGGCGGCGCCGCGGCCUGCACAGAAGGGGCCAGUAACCCGAACCAGGCUCCUGCCGUGUCUUAGCUAACGCGAUCAAUAAUUGAGUGGGUAGCGAGGCUGAGGGGGGGCUGCUGGUCGUUCACUGCCAGCAGUGCCCGGGCGAGCGCCGAAAGGCUCCAAAAACCAGCCUUGGCUGCAGGUUGGCAAGGAACAGACAGGUAGGUGCUCGUCUCAUCUCAUGGGGGACAGGGGCAGCCCCAGCAGGAAGAUACAGCGGCAGCCAGAGGUGGGGAAGCCGGUACAAAUUACCAGGGCCCGGCAGUCUGGAAGGGGGCCCGGGGCCUGGCUUCGUCGGCCCUGUUUAACCAGUCCGCCCUUGCUGGGGGGCCCGAACCCACUCUCAGCAGCCCUGGCGGCAGCAGAUACUGGGGCAAGGCCCUCAGACCAGCUCUGGGGCAGGCAGCCCGAGGGGAAUCCAAGAGGCGGCAUUUUCCUCUGGCUGCACUUCAUGCCCUGGUGUGAGUGGGGCAGGAGAGGGGCGUGAGACCAGGGUGUUGGGGGAAGGGCUGCGGCUUUUAGCUCAUGGGUAGAGCCUCAUACACUAAGCUCCAGAGGUCCCAGGUUUGAUCCCGCCUGCUGACAACUGGGGUCUGUUGGCGUGACACUUGCACCAUGGGCUGCAGUGGGGCUUGGCACAGGGACAGCCGGGGCAGCUCAGGACCACCUUGGGGGGCCUCCGACGCCGGAGGAACUCCUGAGGAGCCUGCUAAUUGGAUUUCCUGAUGGAAAGCCAGACUCGUGGCCUGGGGGGAAGGGGGGGCCUGAGUCUUAUCCCUGUGAAGGAGAAUCUCAGCGUAAACAGCUCCCAGCGAGCUCCUGCUCUCAGACGUACUGUGGGCCGGGGAGCCUCUCGGGCCACUCACUGCUGUAGCCGAGAGCAGACCCCAGGCUGAGCCGUCAUCUCGCCCUUUCCUGCAGAGAGCCAGGCAACCUCUGCAGACGGGUCACACGGGCUGAAAUCUGCUCCUCGUCCCCUCACGCCUGGGAAAUCCAGGCCCCGAGUUUUGGGAAAGCUCCUGUAGCUGUAGGGCCGGUGAUACAUGGGUGUAGGGCUGCAGGGAGCUUCCCACCACCAGCGAGCCAGCUCCUCUGCUGAGCAGCCAGCCUGACCUGGCCUCCCUGAGGAGCCGCUCGCUAGCACCAGAGGCAGCACGGCUAGAGGAUGGAGCAAGGGCCUGAGCCCAGCGCUGAGGCCGGUAACAGUAACUGCUGGCAUCAGUGGCUCCCGACCCCGCUGUAAGGGAGACGAUGCAACGUAAGCCUCUGAGCUGGGGCUUUCAAAUGGGCGCCUAGAGAGAGGCUUUGAAAUCCCGUGGGGGCCAAGCGCCUCCAGCUUCUUUCGGUUUUGGUGGGAACUAUGGGGUGAUGAGCCCCUGAGAAACCUCAGGGCUUUUGUGCCUCACUUCAGAUGCACAAGUUUGGAGACUGUGGCUGUAAUGGCCCUGUGCCUCAGUUUCCCCAUCUGCAAGAUGCUGGGGCGGGGGGGGGGCGGUUGCACCUACAAGAGAGGAAUACAGCAACUAAGUAGUUACUGUAAUAUGUGUAAAAUGCCAGAUGAGGCCAAACCAGACUCUUCCUGGGCUGGGAACCUAACCGCCCCCACAAUUUAUUCUGGCUGAUUGUCCCUUGUGAAACAUCUCCACGUGUUGACAGCUCUGCUCAGACGCUGAGAGGAAGCAGCUGGGCUCUGCGUCUGCCGCAGGAGGCAGUGGCAGGGGGGAAUGGGACGUAAAAAUCCCCACCCCACCCCUGUUGGCUAGGUUAUGCCUCAGCUGUAUUCUGGUAGAUCUCACAAGCUUUUCCAGUGCUUUAGGAAGAUACAAUUCCCACCCCGGUGAGCUCACAAGCAGCAAGUGAAGGGUAUGAAAUCGCUGGUAGUAGUAGUAGUAGGCUGUUAUCCUCUGAUGAGGGCCAGCCACUCAAGGAGGAUACGUAACAUCCCUGGCCCAGCAGGUUGCACACUCACCCAGAUAGAUCCAUGCUCUGGCCCUCUCACCCACCCUUUGGUCUCUAGGUCUGUGGGGCUCCCACCCACUCUCUGCUCUGUGCUGCUGCUGAGAUGGUCUCCCCAGCCAUUGCUCUGGCCUUCAUCCCCUUCCUGGUCACUCUGAUCAUCCGCUACCGGCACUACUUCCUGCUCUUCUACCGGGCGGUGCUGGUGCGCCGGCUGCAGGACUGCCUGACUGGCAUCUCCCGGGAGGAGCGGGCCUUCCAGUACGUCCUCACGCACGCCAUCCCCGGCGACCCCCACCACAUCCUUGAGACCUUCGACCAGUGGUGCUACCACUGCGAGUACCUCAGCAACGUGGGGCCUCACAAAGGUAAGAUCCUGGACCGCCUGAUCUAUGAGAAUACGCCACUCACUGUGCUAGAGCUGGGCACGUACUGUGGUUAUGCCACCAUCCUCAUGGCCCAGUGUCUGCCCAUGGGUGCCCGGCUCUACACCGUGGAGAUGGACCCACGCAAUGCCGCAGUGGCCGAGAAGGUCAUCCGCCUGGCAGGCUUCGACGAGGACACUGUGGAGCUGAUUGUGGGCGCCUCGGAGGAGGUCAUCCCACAGCUGAAGGAAAAGCACAGCCUGCUCAAGGCCGACUUUGUCUUCAUGGACCACUGGAAGCGCUGCUACCUGCGGGACCUGCAGCUGCUGGAGGCCCACGGCCUGCUGCUUGAGGGGGCCACCAUUGUGGCCGACAAUGUGGUCUUCCCCGGCGCGCCCCACUUCCUGCAGUACGUGAAGACCUGUGGCAAGUACCAGUGCAAGAUGCACAGGACCAGCUUGGAGUACUUCCGGGACAUCCCCGACGGCAUGGCCGAACUCACCUACACUGGCCUAGACUGAGCUCUCACGGCCAAGGUGGGGCUGCCAGGCUGGGCCUCGUCCUGCCUGCCAGGGGUCCAGCCGGUGCUGCACCAGAGCUGAGGGGUGUCUGGGCUUGGGGGCCAUGUAGAGAUGUGCAAAGGUUGUGGCUGGUGGGUGGGUGUGUGCCCACGUGCGUACAGCCUCGCCACGCUGCCCCAGAUCUGCACGUGAGCCUGUCUCUGCUCCGUGUGUAUAGGGCAGGCCUGCACAAUAUACGGCCCGUGGGCUGCAUGUGGCCUGCGGAGCCUCACUGUGCGGCCCGCGGGGGGAUUCUAAA